AUGUUGGCAAUGCAAACUGAACCACAAACUUGCUUUCCUAGUAUCUUUCGCGCUGCAGUCUCCCGUAGUCAGGGUGUUCGUAUAGAAGACGUCAGCCCUAGUCCGUUCGGCCAAACCGGAGCAUGGGCAUGCGUGGAUAUAUCGCCGUCUCGUGAUUGCAUCUCCGUUACAACGGAUAAGCACUUUGGCUGUUUCGGUACAGGGUGGAGCAGUCGGGAGCGCGAGAGGGGGGGCACGAGGCGCGCGAGGAUGGGGUGCUGCCUGUCCAAGCCGGACGUGCUCGGCGCGUCUCAAAGCGGAGCCGCUCCCGCCAAGGCGCAGAAGGGCAGCGUAGUGGAUGGCGAGGCGCAAGCGGAUAAGGCGGAGGCGGGGAAAACGGUGAAAGCAAUUGACGGACUCGCGGGCGCAGCAGCAGGGGCGGUGGCGGGAGGUGAGGAGGCGAUGGCGGACGCGGAGGAGUUCGCGGACGCGCAGUCGGCGGCUGACGUGGACGACGACUUCAAGAGCGCCGGAGCAGAGUCGCUGUCGUCCGUGAGCUGCCUGAGCUACCAGAUCGAGUCGCUGCAGCCCUCCACGCCCUCCGCGCGCAAGAACCUCGACUUCCCUUCCCCUUCCGCGCAACCUAGCGGCGGGGAGAAGGCGGCGGAAGGGGGGAUAGCAGGGGAGGACGGAAAAGGCGUAGUGGUUGCGGUUGGGGAGGGGGAAGGCGGGGAGGAAACGGGUAUGGAGGUUCAAAGGGGCUGGGAGAAGGGGGACAAGGCGCAAGCGGGUGCGGAGGAGGCGGAGGAAACAGCGGCCGCGGAGGUAAGCGGCGAGGAAAAAGCGGCGGGCGCGGCGGCAUCGAUGGGGUGUUUGAGCGCGGUGGUGCCGGCGGACGGCGUGACCAUGAAUUGCCUGAGCGGCGGGGACAGGCGCGACGGGCGCGCGGACGAGGGGCGCUCCAUGUGGGCGGGGAUGGCGCUGUGGGGGAAGAAGGAGGGGGGUGCGGGGAAGGGGGAGGACGGUGCGACGAAGGAGAGCGCGGCAGCGAAGGAUGGGGAGGAGGUGGGCGCGAAAGCGGAAGGGGAACUAGCAGAGGCGGGCGAGGGAGGAGGGGAGGCGACGUGCUUCCCCAAGCUGAGGCGAAAAAGCGGGAAGGCGGCCGGCAGCAGCGGACACGUGGCGGAUGAGGAGAAGUUGGCGGACGCUGGGGGGGACGCGAGGGGCGAGGGGCAAGCGGAGGCGAUGGGGGAGGAGCAGGCGGGGCAGUCAGUGCGGCAGAGGGUGUUCGGGGAGGACAUCCCUGUGCACCCCAACGUGGCGCUCAACGCCUUCAUGAAGGCCCAGCGGAGCGAGGCGCCAGCAGGCAUGGCGAUGGGAAAGGCCGCGGAGGCGCAAGGGAGGGCGGAAGCCAUGGAGGAUCAGGGGGCAGAGGCAGCGCAGGAGGGGGGGGGCGCGGAGCAGCGUGCGGAGCAGCAAGGGGAGGUGGAGAGGCGGGAGCAGCAGGGUGCAGAGGGUGAUGCGGUGGGGGGCUGUGAGGCAGCAGCGGAGGAGGAUGAGGAGGAGGAGUUUCUGAGCGUGGGCAGUGGUGAAGACGCGCAUUCCCUAGGGUCCGCACCAUCGCCCACCGCCUCUCCAUCGCAACCGCCCGCGCCCUCCUCGCCACCGUCCCUUUCCCCUGCUGCGCUCGCCACCCCCCUGGCCGCCAAGUUACCCCACGAGCUGCCACCUGUGCAGGAGUUGGACGAGGAAACAGAGGCAGGGCCAGGCCACGGCUCAUCCACGCCCCCUGCUGCGCCCGACACACCCCCCCUCGCCCCCCCCCCACCCGCAGCGUCGCAGCUCACCCCCACCAUCGCCCCCUUGGCCUCCACGCCCGCCUCCGCCUCCUCUGCUUGCGCCCUGCCUGCCGUGCUGCCCCCUGCUGCCGUGCUGCCUGGCAAUGCGGCGAGCGAGGGGGCGGUGGCAGCGAUGGUGGGUGAGGCGGAUGGCAGCGCUGCCUUGCCUGCUGCCGCUCAAGAUGCUGGCCACAACUCACCUGCUCACACGGAUGCUGCUGCUCCCCCCGACCUAUCCACCCUCCCUUCGUCCACCGGUGCACACACUGCCCCCUCCGCCGCCUCCUCGCUCCCAUCUCUCAUCCCCAUCAAAAUCCGCCCCUUCUCCCUCUCCCUCUCCACCUCCUCAUCUGCUGCUGCACCCGCGCCACCCUCGCCCUCCCCCUCGCCCCGCCCCCCCAGCGCCCCCUCCGCGCACCGCCUCGUGUCCUUCCUGCGCCGCCCCUCCUCCCCCGGCCGCCAUGCCCCCCCGCGCCGCUCCUCCGACGCCUCCGCCUCCACCGCCGCCGCUGCUGCUGCCACCGCCGUGUUCCACGCGGAGGGAGGGGGGGCGGAGAGGAAGGGCGCGGACAAGGGCAGCAGCGGGUCUGCCACCGUGCCGCACGCGGUGCCCAUGUCUCCGCUGCGCCCGCCCCCCCUGCGCACGGGCAGUAGUGUGCUGCAGCGCUGCAACUCGCUGCAGCUGUCUGCCAUGUCGCCCCUGGGCGCCAACAGCCCCGGCCUCUUCCUCUCUGCCAGCGUGCGCAGCACAUCCCGCAAGCCCCUGGCGGGGCAGCUGCCGCGCCUCUCGCCCUCUGAGUACGCCGCGCACCUGGAGGCGGAAGCCACCGCCGCGGCUGCCAGCAGUGUGGGGCAGGGCGGCAGUGAUGCGGGCUCGUGGCAGGGCGAGGGUGGGGUGUCGUUUGCGCAGGGGGGCCAGGCGGACAGCCACAGCUGCACGCACUUCUGGACGCCCGUGGCGCCCUCGUGCUUCCACGUGCGCGGCCCCGACUACUUCUCCACGGCGUGUGAGCGGGCAGCGCACCCAGUGGCGCCAUACGUGGUGACGGCGGUGGACGUGUUCCGCGCGCCCACCAAGCUCACCCACGUCGCCCGCCUCGUGCACCUGCCCGGCCCCCUCUCCUCCUUCCCCCACGCCCAUGCCUCCUCCGCCGCCCCCUCCCCCGCUGCCUUCGCCCUCCCGCCACACGCUUCUGACGCCAGUAACGCCGCACCCAGCGCCGCUGAUUCAGCGGGGGGCAGCAGCGCAGUGGGCAGUGCGCUGAGUGCACGCGAGGUGGCGGCACUGGUUUCGGUGUGGCCGCCGUACCUCGUCAUCAACAUCCAGGCGCCCAUGCAGCUGGCGAGGCAGCCCCACGCGCACGAGGCGGUAGAGGCGCCCCCAGCGGUGGCGCAAGGGGGGCGCGCGGAGGGCGUGAGCGUGGUGCUCUAUGCGCAGAUCUGCACCGAUUUCUUCCUCUCUGCUCCGCCCAACAUGCUGCCGCUGCUGCAGGGCAUGGCGCGCGGCUUCAUGGCGGAGGGUGUGGGGGGGUCCGUGCCGUUCCGCGAGCGCGUCAAGCUCACCCUCGUCAAGCGCGCCCAGCCACACGCGGGCCAUGGCCAACGGGCGGGCAAGCGCGUGGGGAAAGAGAGUGUGGGGGAAGGUGAUGGGGGGAAGGCACGGGAGGGGGUAGCAGAGGAGAGUGGCGUGGAGGAAGGGGAUGCGAGAGGCAAGGAGGCAGCAGUGAAAGCGGAGGAGGGGGCGGCCGAGGGUGGCAGUGAUGGGAGCAGUGGAGUGGGGGAUGAGAGUGCGUCUCUGCUCGUGCAUCCCUGCCAGAUGUUCUUCCGGGGUCCCGACUACCUGGAGGUGGACGUCGACUUGCACCGCGUGCCGGACGACCGCCGCCGCCCGCUGCUGGGCGUGCUGGCGGCGCUGCCCACCCACCAUGUGGACAUCGCCAUCGUCUCCCAGGGCAACAAUGAGUGGGAGGUACCGGAGCCCGUGGUGGCGUGUGCCAGGCUGGGCCACAUCGAUGCUGACCUCCUCACCACCCUGCGCCACAUGCCCUGA